GAAUGGUAUUACCCCAACGCGACCACGCUAUCCAUCUCUUUAGGCUGUGGGAGUUUGGCGUGUUGCUUGUUCGUUGUGAGGAAGUAUUGUGUUUUCAGGUUCAGUAAUUUUUUUAUCAGCCUUAAUUUCGGGUGUCUUUUAUGAAUAAUCAAAAGCAGCAGAAGCCAACGCUAACAGGCCAGCGUUUUAAAACUAGGAAAAGAGAUGAAAAGGAGAGAUUUGACCCUUCUCAGUUUCAGGAAAGUAUUGUCCAAGGUCUGAAUCAAACUGGCACUGAUUUGGAAGCAGUAGCAAAAUUUCUUGACGCAUCAGGUGCAAAACUCGAUUAUCGCCGCUAUGCAGAAACCCUCUUUGAUAUCCUGGUGGCCGGUGGGAUGCUGGCUCCAGGUGGUAGUUUGUCCGAUGACUUGACACGCACUGAAUACUGUGUGUUUACCGCACAGGAGGAUCUUGAGACCAUGCAGGCAUAUGCUCAGGUUUUUAACAAGCUAAUCAGGCGUUACAAAUACUUGGAGAAAGGAUUUGAGGAGGAAGUCAAAAAGUUGCUGCUGUUUUUGAAGGGUUUUACUGAGUCUGAGCGCAACAAGUUGGCGAUGUUGACUGGCAUUCUCCUUGGGAAUGGAACCUUGUCUGCAUCCAUUUUGAGCAGUUUGUUUAAUGAAAAUCUGGUUAAAGAAGGUGUGUCAGCAGCAUUUGCUGUAAAACUGUUCAAGUCUUGGAUCAAUGAGAAGGACAUAAACUCUGUUGCUGCCAGCCUUAGAAAAGUUGGCAUGGACAAUAGACUAAUGGAAUUGUUUCCUGCUAAUAAACGAAGCUGUGAACACUUCUCAAAGUAUUUUACAGAUGCUGGUUUGAAGGAGUUGUCUGAUUUUGCCCGUAACCAGCAGUCAAUAGGUGCUCGAAAAGAACUUCAGAAAGAGCUUCAAGAACAGAUGUCCCGUGGGGAUUCAUUUAAAGAUAUAAUUGCUUACUGCAAGGAAGAGAUGAAGAAAGCAAGUCUUUCUGAACAGACAAUGAUUGGAAUUGUCUGGACAAGUGUAAUGAGUGCUGUAGAGUGGAAUAAAAAAGAAGAGUUGGUAACUGAACAAGCCAUCAAACACUUGAAGCAAUAUAGUCCACUUCUUAAAGCCUUCUCUUCUCAAGGCCUCUCAGAGUUGACUCUGCUGCUGAAAAUUCAGGAGUACUGCUAUGAUAACAUUCAUUUCAUGAAAGCCUUUCAGAAAAUUGUGGUGCUUCUUUACAAAGCUGAUGUUCUGAGCGAAGAAGCAAUUCUUAAAUGGUACACAGAAGCUCAUAUUGCUAAAGGAAAAAGUGUAUUCCUUGAGCAAAUGAAAAAAUUUGUGGAAUGGCUUAAAAAUGCAGAAGAAGAAUCAGAAUCUGACACUGAAGACGGUGACUGAAACAUGCCAAGACUUAGCACCAGGAGUUGUAGAAUGUUUUGUUACAGAAGUGCUUGUUUUUUCCUUUUUUUUCCUAUUCUACCUCCUGUUAAGUAAUGUUUAGCUGUAAUUUAAGGGCUUUAACAGGAUCAUUUUAACUCCUUUUUCUAUGUAAUAAAGUUUACACUUCACAUAGCAUCUUGUGAAUCCAUUGUUGUAAACUAAAAUAGCAUUCUUUUGAUUUGGAAAGUCUUGGAAAACAAUAUCCAGUUUCUACUAAAUUAGUUUUCCUGCCCAGUCCCUUUGUAAAUUCAGUAUUUUUUCUAACUUUGACACACCUGGUGUGGAAGUGUCUAAGUUUAGCAAAGGUAAGGUCAUGCAUAUUAAUUGCAUAAACAAUCUGUAAAAUGCUGCAGAUUUCAAGUUCCUUCUGUAUAGAAUAAGAAUGUAUGUGGUUUUCCAGGUGCAAAUGAGACUGAUUUUUUUUUUUGCCUCUAAAUCUAAAUGGGGAAAGAAAAAUAAGCUAAAAGGUGCAUCUUGGCAAAUUUUAUUGUGCAGUCAAAUCUAUAGUAUGUCUAGAAUGAAGAGAGGCUAAGGUGACCUAGCCUAGUUACACAUUUUAAAGACCUAUGGAUUUUAUUUAUUUAUAUAUAUAUAUAUAUAUAUAUAUAUAUAUAUAUAUAUAUAUAUAUAUAUAUAUAUAUAAUAUAAAUAAAUAAACACAAACUGCUUUUUUGCCAUCUGAACCCCCUUGACAUUUUUUUUAAACUUUUGAUUAUAUGAAACUCAAGCAUCUAUCAGCCUAUAUUAGCAAGUUCUUUUUAGUCUUUUUUUUUUUUUUUUUUUUCCCCCACUUUUACUGAGCAGAAAUGGAGGGAGUUGUGUGUGAGUUAUAUAAUAUAUAUAUAUAGAUUAUAUAUCUCCUAACUUUGUGUGCAACCGUGGUUCUGGAGAGCAAUGUUGGUUAAAUAAAAGGUAAAUAUGCCCCAUUGUAGUUGCACAGUUAUGUUCUGCUGGCCGAUAAAAGGUAGCUGCUACAGAGGAGACAGAUGAACAAUAUAUUCUUAUCUGUUUAGCUUUUUUUUUUUUUGUUUGUUUCUAAUUGACCAUUAAUUGGGAUUUUCUGUGCCUUUCUCGUGUUUAUGCAAAGAAAGUAAAACCUUCCUACAGCACCAUGUGGCUGACACAAAUUUACCAGUCAUCUAUGAAGGGUUGAAAAGGCAGGAUAAUUCCACUUAAGAGUUUAUGUUGAAGAAAUCGUCCAAUACUCUUUUUAGUUAUUUAGCAGACUGACUCUCCAGGUCCAUGGCUGCAAACAACUGGAUGAACCAGUUUGUGCUAAUUGUAACAGCUUUGAUUUGAAAUUGCCAGUGAGUCUAUGAAGCCUAAAUUGUGUAGCUUUAUAAAACACCCCUAAUUUUAAUAAAAAUGUAAGACA